AUGAUCCUCGAAGAGAAACCGGAGGGCCAGGGUGCCGGCGAGGAGAGUGCCCGGCUGCAGGGCUGUGACUCCCUUACACAGACACAGCGUGGCCGGCUACAGAGCCGCAGGGCCCGGAUCCACCAGCAGAUUGACAAGGAGCUACAGAUGCGAACAGGUGCUGAGAACCUCUACAGAGCCACUAGCAACAACCAGGUCAAAGAGACAGUUGCCCUGGAACUGAGCUACGUCAACUCCAACCUGCAGCUGCUGAAGGAGGAGUUAGAGGAGCUCAGCAGUAGUGUGGACACAUGCCAGCACAGAAGUGAAGGUGUCACUGUCCCAAUGAUCCCUCUGGGCCUGAAGGAGACCAAGGAUCUGGACUGGUCCACACCCCUGAAGGAGCUGAUCUCAGUGCACUUUGGAGAGGAUGGCGCCUCCUAUGAGGCAGAAAUCAGGGAGCUGGAGGCCCUGCGGCAGGCCAUGCGGACCCCCAGCCGGAACAAGGCAGGCCUGGAGCUGCUCAUGACCUACUACAAUCAGCUCUGCUUCCUGGAUGCACGCUUUCUUGCUCCUGCCAGGAGCCUCGGGCUCUUCUUCCACUGGUACGACUCGCUCACGGGGGUCCCAGCCCAGCAGCGUGCCCUGGCCUUCGAGAAGGGCAGUGUGCUUUUCAACAUCGGUGCCCUCCACACACAGAUCGGGGCAUGCCAGGACCGCUCCUGCACCGAGGGUGCCAGCUGUGCCGUUGAGGCCUUCCAGAGGGCUGCUGGGGCUUUCAGCCUUCUGAGGGAGAACUUCUCUCAUGCUCCGAGCCCGGACAUGAGUACUGCGUCACUUUCUGCACUGGAACAACUCAUGACGGCCCAGGCCCAAGAGUGCGUCUUUGAGGGGCUCUCACUGCCUGCUCUUGUGGCCCCCCAUGACUGCCUGGCCCAGCUGCGCCUGGCUCAGGAGGCUGCCCAGGUGGCAGCUGAGUACAGACUUGUGCACCAGACCAUGGCCCAGCCGCCUGUCUGUGACUACGUACCCGUGUCCUGGACUGCCCUGGUGCAUGUCAAGGCUGAGUACUUCCGCUCCCUGGCCCACUACCAUGCGGCUGUGGCCCUCUGCGACAGCUCCUUGGCGGCUGAGGGAGAGCUUCCCACACACGAGCAGGUCUUCCUCCAACCCCAGACCUCCCCCAAGUCCCAAGGCCCCGCACUGCCACAGGAGCCGGAGGAGCGUAGGAAGCUUGGCAAGGCCCACCUAAAGCGUGCCAUCUUAGGGCAGGAAGAGGCGCUGCGGCUACAUGCGGUGUGCCGUGUCCUGCGCAAGGUGGAUCUGCUGCAGGCCGUGGUGGACCAGGCGCUGAGGCGCUCACUGGCCAAGUACUCAGAGCUCGACCGUGAGGACGACUUCUUCGAGGCUGCUGAGGCUCCUGACAUCCAGCCUAAGACCCAGCAGAAACCAGAGGCCAGGAUGCCUAGCCUGUCCCGGGUGAAGGUGGCUGACAUCUUCCACCGGUUGGGGCCCUUGUCCGUGUUCUCAGCCAAGAACCGGUGGCGGCUGGUGGGGCCCGUCCAUCUGACCCGAGGAGAGGGUGGCUUCGGCUUCACACUGCGGGGAGACUCACCUGUCCUCAUCGCUGCUGUCAUUCCAGGGGGCCGGGCUGCGGCGGCUGGCCUGAAAGAGGGUGACUACAUUGUGUCAGUGAAUGGACAGCCAUGCAAGUGGUGGAGGCAUGCAGAGGUGGUUGCAGAGCUGAAGGCUGCAGGAGACACAGGCGUGAACCUGCAGGUGGUGUCACUGCUGCCUGGCUUGGGAGACCGACGGCCAUCCCCUCUGGGCCCCAAGGGGCUUCUGAGGAGCCAGAGAGAAUAUGGCUGCAAGACGCCAUCAUCUGCACGUGCCAGCCCACGGCCCCUACUUGGCUGGAGCCGAAAGCCCAAACAGGGCAAGACUGGAGGGUGUCCCCAACCCUGUGCCCUGGCUCCAGCUGGCUCGGAGCUAUGGGGUAACUGCCCUCCCCCACACCGGAGGACCUUCAGGCAGUGCCUGCCCCACCCAGUGCCCAAGUCUUCGUAG